AUGGUUCCUCCCCGUUCUGGAUCUGCUGCUGGCAUGCGCAGCCGUGGCCCGGUUGAGCUCAGCGUCAGCCUGGCCAAGUCAUAUGAAAUUCGCGGCCCCAAGUCGCCCAUGCCCAGGUCUCCGCUGCGGGAUGCCACCCACGAAGAUCGUGGUGCCCGUGCCUCGUACGAAGAGCGCCUCGACGGCGCCAUCCACGUCCUCCGCACAGAGGCCAACGCCCUCAUGGCACUGACCCAGCUGUACUCGUCCGAGCGCGUCUGCCGCGACGGCUUCUACCGCUCCAUCGAGGCCCUCUCCCGCCACCGCGACCACCGCGGCAAGGUCGUCUUCAUCGGCGUCGGAAAGUCUGGCUGGAUCGCCAAGAAGCUCACGGCCACCUUCAGCAGCUUGGGCCUCCCCGCCGUCUUUCUCCAUCCCACCGAGGCCCUGCACGGCGAUCUCGGCGUUGUUGGGGAGUACGACACCCUCAUCAUGAUCACCUUCUCCGGCAAGACUCCCGAGCUCAUGCUCCUGCUCCCCCACCUCAACAAGAAGUGCCCCCUCAUCCUCCUCACCUCGCCCACCAGCAUGGAGACGUGCGAGAUCGCGAAGCAGCGCCCGGACCUGAUCCUCCUGCCCGCCCCCAUCCCCGAGUCCGAGAAGGACACGUUCGGCGUGUCUGCCCCAACCACGUCGACGACCAUGGCCAUCGCCGUUGGUGAUGCUUUGGCAUACGUCGCGUCCAAGGAGAUGUACCCGUCCGUGUCUGCCGUCUUUGCGAAGAACCACCCCGGCGGCGCCAUUGGCCAGGCCUUCAAGACCAAAUAG